UUGGUCUGCUUUAGCAUCUUGGACAAUCAAGAUCACUUUUUUCCUACAAAGUCAGGUAUGCCAAGGUUUGCCUUGUGUAUUAGUAGUUUAGCACACCGUGACUGGCAGUUGCUAAAAGCAAAAUGAAAACUUUCAAACAUUGCAUACAAACUUACAUCUGAAUCAAAGAACAAACUGACCUGGGGAUUCUGUUUCUUUUCGUAUUUUCUUGAUAGAUCAAUGCCAUAUAAAGGGCGCGCGCACACACAAUCAUUUCAAUAACCAGAGGCUGUUUGCUAUUCAAUUUCCUUCACCUUAUGGCAAUCCCAGAAUCACAAGAAACCAUAAUCCCACUGAUAGACACAUCAGAAACACAAACAAAAACAGAACCAGAUGAUGAUACCCAUCUUGAUCACACUCUCUACCGCUUUGAGACCUUUCUCAGGCUCUUUGGCUUCUGCCAGUAUUCCUUUUGGAGCUUCAGUCUCUCAUGGCUUGCAUUCCUUCUCGUGGGUGUUGCACUGCCAGUGCUACUUAUUGAGAUCUUUCAAUGUGCCAAUUGUGAUAAGUAUCAGAUCAAAAGUUUUGAGCUUGAGAUUCUGGUUAGCGAGUCUCUUGUGGCUGCAAGUUCUUUGCUUUGUAUUUCUCACAACCUCCGCAAGUAUGGAGUAAGAAGGUUCUUGUUUGUGGAUAGGUAUCAUGGCCAUAUGACUCAGUUCCAUGAUGAAUAUAUACGAAAGAUCAAUGAUUUCUUUCGCUUGCUGUCAGUGUGGCUACUACCUUGCUUCCUUCUGAAGACUGCUCGUGAAAUAACUCGAGUCAUUUAUGUCCCUCAAGAUUCAUUGUGGAAAUCUGUUGCUGUUUUACUUGCUUUCCUUGUGUCGUGGAUGUAUUCAAAUGUAAUAUUCCUAUCAGGCAGUUGUUUGUUCAAUUUGGUAUGCAAUUUGCAAGUCAUACACUUUGAGAACUAUGGGAAGCUCUUAGAAAUGGAUAUAGAUGUUUCUGCAUACGUUGAGGAACACAUUUGUCUAACGCAUUAUCUGUCCAAGAUUAGCCACAGAUUCCGAAUCUAUCUUCUUCUUCAACUCUUACUAGUCACAGCUAGCCAGUUUGUGGCUCUUUUGGAGAGCACUGAAAACAGCAAAGUCAUCACUCUCAUCAAUGGAGGAGACUUUGUAGUCUCCUCUAUUGUUGAGCUUGUUGGAAUAAUCAUAUGCCUACAAGCAGCUGCAAAGAUUUCACAUAGAGCUCAAGGGCUUGCAUCAGUAGCUAGCAGAUGGCACGCUUUGAUCACGUGCAGCUCCGGUGAUGCUUCCCAAUUGGGAAUUGACAAUGAUACAGAAAACUUGGGGAGUUCUUAUCCAGCUGGUUCAUUGCCCAUAAACUACUCAGAAACUGAUCUGGAAUCUAUUGAUUAUGUACCAGUGCCUACAAAUACACAACUAGCUUCAUACAUGUCCUUGUAUCACAAAAGACAAGCUUUUGUCACUUAUAUGCAGUCCAACCCCGGUGGGGCUACUAUAUACGGAUGGAGGAUUGAUCGGGCACUGAUUAAUACUAUCUUCUUUGUUGAGCUCUCACUCGUUCUUUUUGUGCUUGGGAAGACGAUAACCUUCACCACUAAAUGAUUUAUGAAUAUUGUUAGGUGACUUAUUCUGCUGUAUUUUAAGGGGCAGGAGUAACAUAGGCAAUGCAAUUGUAGUAGUCUUAAUCUCUGCUGUAUUUUAGAGGAAGAAACCACUAGUUGGAUUUUUUCUUGAAACCACUAGUUGGUUUUUUUUCUUCAGUUCAGUUGUAUCACACACAUUGACCUAUAUUUAUUGUUAAACAAAAUGCAUGUUUUUGUCGACAAAUAUUUCGCGAUAACUAUCCUCAAAUAAAAACACAUUUUACAGAUAACUUAUCCGUUGGGCAAAACCUCCAAUUAACACCUUUCAUGACUAAUAUCGUCGGCAAAAUCACUCGUGAAAUAAACUUUUUGCCGAGAACAGCUUCAGUGCUCUAGUUGCAUCAAUACAUCAAAUUUUAGUGUGCUUUGCAGAUUAUAUACCUCUUUUUUUGAACUUAAAUCAAAUAAUAAUGAUGCUCCACUACUAAUGCUCUAGUCGCGUCCAUGUAUUAAAUUUUAGUGUGCUUUGCAUACCUCUUGUUUAAACAUGAAUCAAAUAAUAAUGGACGCGAAAGAUAUGGCAUGCUAGGAGGUGCCGCCUAUUGCCAGAUUAUUGCGCAUUGAUGGAGCUUAACAAGGUAAUAUUUCCCUGCUUUUGAAGUGUUUACAUGUGUUGGAAAAUGGAAGUCUUACAAAAUAAAUUUUGUAGCAUUUAAACGUGCAUCCUGUAAAGAUAACACCAGUUUCAUUAGCGACUCAUAUGCUUUGACACGAAACUGUCGGUCCUAUCUGGGUCCAAAACUUCAAUGGCUAGGAAGAGUUAACUGCUCAUGCUGCUCUGCAUUGGCUAGGAAGAGGCCUGUUUAACAAAACAACUAAAUGUCUCAAGGCUCUCAUGGCUUCUUCGUUUUUUCCUUUUUCUAUUCCACGUACGCGCCAAAGACCGAGACAUACCAGAACUGCUCUUAUCCAAAUAAGAUACCUAAUUCAUACUGGAAUACCCAGUGAGAAAUAGAACAGAAGCCCCAGACAUAUAAAUCAGUAAUAUAUAUUAGACAGGCACCUUACCAGCCAAGUGGUGCAGGCAAGCAAAACUCUUAUUUCACCAGAGGAAGGUCAUUCCUAAAUCAAGAAUGAACACUGGGACACAAAUUGGUAGAAGUCAAAAGUUAAAACUAACAGAAGGAAGAUGAAGAAAGGACUGAAUAUCAGAAUGAAGUAGCAAUCAGACCAAAAGGGUAACUACAACCAAGCCAGACACCCUGAAGUAUGCAUAGAAUUUGAGUACCUAUAGAAAACGACACGGCUUAAGGGUAAAAACAGGGGGAAAUGAAAUUGAACUUCAUAGUGGGUGAACUUAAAAACCAAUUAAUUCUAGAGUUGUUUGCCUCCCAUCAAGAAUAAGACUUGACAGGAAUUCCUUAAUUAACUUGUACUUCUAACAGUGUAUGUGAAACACUGACAAUUAUGAACUGACAAAAUAUGGAAGAUUGGCUCCACCUCAAUGCAUGAACCAACAUUUACAAG